UAGUGGUUUAAGAUUGACAACAGCUCCUAUUGAUUUGAAAUUUAAAACUUCGGUGAUAUAAAUGACCAUAUUUAUCACCAGUUUAUGAGCUUCACAGAUCCAGAAAGGGCACAUAAAAGAGUAUUCCUGGUCAUUUUCUUCUUACUUCUGACUAACUAGAUAUUAGUAAUAAUAAUAAUGUGAUUAUAUGCCCCGGAAUCUUCUGGCGACCCACUGUACAACAGAACACAACAGUGCUGCCUCCUGGCUGUCCGCACCCUCAUUCCUGUGUUGGAGCCCAUUGUUGGAGCCACUGUGUCAGUGCAUCUUCUUGAGACAUGAAGCCAUUGUGAUCUCGGGAACUGAAAUGGCCAAACAAAUCCAGAAAGAAAUACAGCAAGGUGUGGAAUCAUGGAUUUCCCUUGGGAACAGAAGGCCUCAUCUCAGUAUCAUUCUAGUGGGAGACAACCCAGCAAGCCACACCUACGUCAGGAAUAAGAUAAGGGCUGCCUCCACUGUAGGUAUCUGCAGUGAGGUCAUCCUAAAACCUCAGACUGUAUCUCAGGAAGAACUUUUGGAUAUAGUGGAUCAGUUGAAUGUGGACCCAAGAGUCAGUGGUAUAUUAGUUCAGUUACCACUGCCAGACCAUGUUGAAGAGCAAACAGUAUGCAAUGGAAUCACUCCUGAAAAAGAUGUGGAUGGAUUUCAUAUUAUCAAUAUUGGAAGGUUGUGCCUUGAUCAGCAUUCUCUCAUACCUGCCACUGCCAGUGCUGUUUGGGAAAUAAUUAAGAGAACAGGAAUUGAAACGUUUGGGAAGAAUGUGGUUGUGGCUGGAAGAUCCAAGAAUGUAGGGAUGCCCAUCGCAAUGCUUUUACACACUGAUGGAGAGCACCAACGGCCAGGAGGUGAUGCAACUGUGACAAUAGCUCAUAGAUACACCCCCAAAGAACAACUGAAGAUCCACACUCAGCUGGCAGAUGUUAUCAUAGUCGCUGCAGGUAUUCCCAAGUUGAUUACAUCUGAUAUGGUUAAAGAAGGCGCCACAGUGAUUGAUGUGGGCAUCAACUAUGUGCAAGACCCAGUGACUGGGAAGAUGAGAUUAAUGGGAGACGUAGACUUUGAAGCUGUUAGGAAGAAGGCUAGCUUUAUCACUCCCGUUCCAGGAGGCGUGGGGCCGAUGACAGUUGCGAUGCUUCUGAAGAACACCCUUCUGGCAGCUACGAAAAGCGUUUACUAGAACACAUGAAGUAACAGUGAACUGAAGUCAUGCCAUUUAUUUAUUGGAUGAAGGAGAGAAACCUUUCUAUUUUGCUACAAAGUUAUUUAUUUCUACAUUAUAUUUAUUUUUUUUCAUGGAAGAAAUAACUGUGUAUUUUGUGUUUUAGGAUUAAACAAAAGCUUUUCAAUGAAAAUGUGGGUAGCAUUUAUUAUUUGGAGACUAAUCGUGCACAAUGUUGAAACAAGAAAGUGCUCGUGAUCAUUUCUGAAUGUUCAGACACAGAGUCACAGAGUUUGUUUUCAACAAAUGUCUUGUCAGGCAAAUUGCCAACCGUGUAAAAUGAGCUUCUGAUUUGCCGGAAGCUCACUCAAUUUCAAUACAUUUUAUGUGAUAUGUAAUGUGGUUUUAAAAACUUACUUGAAAAAAGAAGGGUAGAAUAUUAAAAGCAAAAUCUUGAUCUCAUACAUCAUAAUGGAAAUGACACUUUAUUCCAGGAGAGGAAACUCUGAGGAAUCCAGUGCUACCCGGAAAGGUAACGAUUAUGUCCAGUGAACUGACGACUUGCUUUCAUCAGAGCAUAGGAAGCAUGUCGUUCUUUUCUUUGAAAAAAUUAUUUUGACAUUCAUUGAGUAGAUUGAUUGAGGAAAAAAGAUAGGAAGUCCGUAACUAACUAAAUAAAUAAAUAAAAGAAAUACUAUAACACAACAAAAACUAUAAUUGUGUUUUCCUGCUAAUAGCAGAAAGUGACCGUGUGAAGUACUAAGUACUAAGCAACCAUUAAAGUACAGGAAUUACUUAUUUAAAAAUUAAGAACUAUAAGAGUAAUUUCAAGACUAAGCCUGAGGUUAGGAUUCAAAGUCUCCUCCUUGGUUGCCUACAACGUUUCUUUUUUGUGCAUGGCAUUUGGUUCCCAGGACAGAUGGAAUGUUUCUAAACCCAAUUUUAAAUUGGGAAAUACAUGUGAAUGUCAGCUGAAGGCUAAUUUUGUAGUUUUUGUAGCCAUUUAAUGAACAUUUUUUAUACCCCAAUCCCUGUAUAAAUCUGUGCCAAUAAUGGUUCUUACACAAUGCAUCUGUCUUUAUCAGUGUGUGCUCUUGAUGAUUUGUGUGAAAAUAGACUGAUAUUUUUAGUUAAUAUCAUUUUACUCACAUAAUAAAGUAGUUUACCAUACAAUUUUCCUCUAGUUCUUGAGUGCUUCCCCCACCCCACUAUCAUGAUCCCAAUUCUA